AUGAGUGCGAAUACUGUUUUCGUUACAGAUUUAACUUUUUCGGAAGCGGAUAUCGCAAAAGCUAAUACACCCAUUAAUGAAGAGAAGCAAUGUGUUUUUCCAGCUAAAAAUUCUGAAUCUGGAGAAAGGUAUUUUGUUACAUUUAUCAAGGAUGGGUUACCAGAAAACACAAAGAUCUGGGCGUAUCUUACAUCUCUAAUGAACAUUGAUUUCAUUUCGUUGCUCCCAAUUGUUGGUUUUUCACAUCCUGAAACAUCAAAUUUCACUUACCCAGCAAUAUUCCAGAAAAAUCAAGGAUUUCCAACACUUCUCGAUAUCCUUCAGAAAGGUGAAGUUAAAUUUACCCCAGAGCAAAAGAGAUCCAUCGCGGUCUCAACAGCCUCAGCUAUUCGCUUCCUCCAUAACUCCAAAAUCGUUCAUAACAACUUAUACUUAGACAACGUGUUAGUUACUCCAGAAGGAACUUCCUUUGUAUCAGGCUACGGCAUUCCUUACUCGCAAAACACCGUAACUACGAUCAGACCAGAGUUCUGGAACCCACCAGAGCAAGCACCAAGCAAUGAAGGCGAUAUUUUCGAUCUCGGCUUGAUCUUCAAGGCCAUAUUUACAGAAAAAGUUCCAACAGAUAUUUCGAUUCCAGAGGACGCUCCAGAAGCAUUAAAAGCCAUCCUUGAAGGAUGCUUCACAGAAAUCAAAGGAAAUCGUAUUACAGAGGACUCUCUUAUCACAGCUUUGUUUUCCGAAAACGAAAUCUUCGGACCAAAGGAUUACGCCAACAGAGACAAGCUUACUCCAUUCGCCGCAAAGCAAAUCAACAUCAACGUCUACGCUGUACCAUCAAAAGUCCGUUUCUUCCAACUUUGUAAAUUUGCCGAAUCCGGAAACGCGGCAGCGAUGAACAAAGUUGGUCUACAAUUCGAGAAGGGCAUAGACUGUGAUCGUGACGAUGCUCAAUCCCUCAAUUUCUUCAACAUGGCCGCAGAUAAAGGAUCAAUCGAAGCUUUGUGCAACUUAGGCAGAAUCUACUUCGAAGGAAACAAUCGCUUUGCACCACAGAGUAUACCAAACGCCAUUUCUUUCUACGAUUGCGCUGGUGCUCACGGUGAAAUGAACCGCGAUAACAAAGAAAUGGUCGAAAAAGCCGGUAACGCUCUUCUCCGUGCCGCAGAGAUCAUGAAUACCAACGCUGCUCUAGAUGACAUCAACGACAGCGCGAUCCAAUUUUAUGAACGCGCUGCAUCACUCGGAAACACCGAAGCAGCACUCAAAGUUGGUCGAUUCCUGUUCAAGCAUAUCAAUGAUAUGGCGCAGAGACAAAGAACAGGCGAUUUCCUCCGUCGCGCUGCAGAAGCCGGUUCCGCACCCGCCCAAAACGAAUACGCGAGAUAUCUCGAGAAAAUCCUCAAAGACGAAGACGACGCACUCAGGUUCUACAUGUUGGCAGCUGACCAGGGCCAUGAAUUGGCACUUUUCAACGCUGGCAGAAUUCUGAUGAAGAAAAAAGGUGACACUGAUGCUAUUUCCCGUGGUAUUGAGUACAUGCGACUUGCUGCAGAGAAGAACAACUCAUUAGCCAUGUUGAAGCUCGGCCAACUACUUCUCAGCGGCAAACUCGUUGAGAGAAAUGCAGAAGAAGGUUUCCAACUGAUCAAAAGUUCCGUUGAACUGAAAAACGCUUUGGCACUGAAUGAUCUCGGUGAAUGCUAUCUCUACGGCAACGGCUGCCAGCAGAACAUCACUGAGGCAAGGCGUUACUUCGAACAGGCCGCCAACUGCAGGAUUCCUCGCGGCUGCACAAACUACGGACACAUGCUGAUCCAGGAAGGUCCAAUGAGAUACAAAGAGGCAUUCGCUGUCUACAGAUUGGCCGCAGAAAUGAAUGAUCCAAUCGGAAUGAUCUGCUGCGGACAAUUACUCGAGUCUGGUUUCGGUGGUGCUGAAGAACCAAGAUACGCACAGGCUUCUUCUUACUACCAGAGAGCUGCAGCACUCGGAAACAGCUACGCAUACUCAAACCUCGGAAGAAUGUAUCAGAAUGGAAAAGGCGUAACUCAGGAUUCUAAACUUGCUGUGAAAAUGUUCAGAAGAGCCAUCGAAUUAGGAAACACAAACGCAAUGUUUAACUUAGGCGCGAUGUACGAGAAUGGUGCAGGAGUUCCUCAAUCACAGGCAGACGCAAACAAGUACUACUUCAUGGCUGCUGAACAAGGAAAUCCUCAGGCUUUGUACAAAUGCGCAACAAUUCUCGAGAAAACAGAGGAAACAGCUGAUAGAAUUAGAGCGGCAAAGAUGAGAAGAUUCGCUGAAAUCAAGAUGAGGUUGUUCAGCCUCCUUCCUGAUAACAUAUCAAUAGAAGAAGCAAUGGGACCUUUCACUGAAUAA